AUGUCCGGCCAGGACAACAUGUGCGGGGGUGCAAACCCCCUGAAGUCCUUCCAGGACCAGAUUGGCAGAGAUCGCUCUCUGCACCAGGACCGUGCCGUCAACAACGGCACCCCAUCUACUGUCCUGGUCGGUUUCCAGAGCUUCCGGUCGGGCCUUGGUCAGACCACCACCAACGGCGACCAAGAGUUCGCCAACUUCCAGGCCGGCAUGGCCAACCUUCCCUCCCUCCCCGCCAUGCCCACGCAUCUCAACGGUCCCAUCCAGGGACACCCGUCUCCAUUUGCUGCCCUCGGCCCGCGCCCGCAGCCCGCCCCCGCCCCCGCCAACGUCGCGGCCGUCAGCCCCAACUGGGCUGAAGAGUUCCGCCAGCUCCAGGCCAACAUGGUUCACGCUGCCCCUGCCCCCGUCCCGGCACACGGUCUGAUGUCUGCCCCUCCCCCUCCCCAUGGUAUCAUGUCUGCCCCCGCCCCUGCCAUGGGAUUCAACACGGCUGCACGGUUCAACCCAAUGUUCCAGCAGCAGCACAUGGCCAUGGUCCCCGCCCAGGCCCAGAGCACCGUCCCCGCCUCCGCCGCCGCCGAAGAGGCUGAGCAUCCCCUGGUCAAGGAUGCAUUCGAUGCCCAGUUCGCACAGGUCGAGGCCAACCAGGAGGCAGUAGACCACCUCCAACGCCACGAGGGCUCGUUUGAGGACGAGAUGAACCAGUGGAUGCAAGAGCAAGAGUCCGGCCCACCCAUGACCGCCGAGGAGCAAGAGGCUGCCAUCGAGCAGUUCCACGACGAGCGCAUGACGAUGAUUGCCGACGCGCAAGACAAUGUCGAGCACGAGACCAACCAGGCCAGAGACGGCCUCGAGAACAUCAACGACGACGACGACGACGACGUCAAUGCCCUGGCCGACGACAUGGCUAAGACCCAUGUCGAUGACCUGCGCCGCACCGCUGGCGAGAUUGUCGGCCGUCUGGGGGACGCGCCCCAGUACCAGCAGUCCACCUUCCUAACCCUCAUGCGCAACAUCAUGGAGGGCAACGUGACCGUCGACGAGGCACAAGAGGGCUUCGUCACUACCAACGACCGCCAGCCGUAUACCGGCCACCUCGAGGACGCUGCGCCCGAGAACAAGCAGGAGAAGAAGUGA